AUGCCUCGCGUCGCUCAAGCCCCGCGCGCGGGGAGUGCCAGACCGACACCUAGCUCUGUCUCGGCGUCGCCAUUCAAAUCCCCCGUCAAGAUUCCCCUCAACGACGAUGCGCACGAGAAGGGCCAGCGAAUCAGCUCCCGGAGAGCAUUGUACGAGAAGCAGAUCAACGAGAUCAAGGCUGCUGCGACCCCUCGCAAAGUCAGCAUCAGAUUGGACGACAUGGAGAACGCAUCCCCAAUGUCGGAUCCCCGGACACCUCGCGCCGGUCGUGGCGGCGGCGACGACGACGAGGGGUUUGUCGUAGGCGGCUCUGUGGUCACGCCUAUGAAGCGUGUCCCGCUUCUUGCCAACUUCGAGGAGUGGAUGAAGAUGGCCACCGACAACAAGAUCAACGCUACGAAUUCCUGGAACUUUGCACUCAUCGAUUACUUCCAUGACAUGUCGCUCCUCAAGGAGGGCGACGGUGUGAACUUCCAAAAGGCCAGUUGCACCCUAGAUGGAUGCGUCAAGAUCUACACCAACCGAGUCGACAGUGUCGCAACAGAGACGGGCAAGCUGCUGAGCGGUCUGGCUGAUAGCAACAACUCCAAGAAAAAAGAUCGCGAGGAGGGAGAGGAGACUGACGAGGAGGAGCUCGAUGAAGAUGGCAACGUAAAGAAGAAGCCCAAGAAGAAGACGCAGCGCUCAUCCGAGGCCACCUUGGCCCCAAGUUUUAACUCGCUACAGCUUAAGAAAUUUGAGCUAGAGUUCGCUGUUGACCCUCUCUUCAAGAAAGCAUCGGCCGAUUUUGAUGAGGGCGGCGCCAAGGGACUCCUUCUGAACCACCUCAUGAUCGACUCACAAGGGCGCAUCGUCUUCGACAGCAGCGAUGACACUGGUGACGCGGAUACACUUGGAAAAAAGAAGCAACGAGAGAUGGGCGAUGAGGAGGAGGAGGAAGAUGAGGGCGAUGAACCGCAAGAGGAGGAGCAAGAGGAGGAAGACGAAGCCGACGUUCAGAUUGAUCUUGGCGCAUUGGGGGCCAAGUUCCUACCUGACCUCCAACUUCUAGACGAGCUGGAUGUUUGCCCAUCUCUCAAAACCUUUGAUCUCGGCGAUCCUUCAGGUUCCAUGGAUAUCCCAUUUCUGAAGGCCCCGGAGGACUGGAGGCAAGAUCAAGACAAGGAAAAGACCCCUGGUGCAUUUGGCGAUAUUUCUGGUCUUGUCAUUGACGGCGACGCUCCCGCCGGCUUUGAUGACGACGAUCUUGGAUUGGGUGCGUUUGAUGUCGCAACCGAUGUUGCUUUUGGCGAGGGUGGUGAGGCGUGGGCCCGUGAAGCGGCCCUCGAACCGCAGAUGCGGGUUUACGAUGCUGGCCUCGGUGAAGAGGGUGCAGACGGCGAAGGAUUUGACGACAACGGAGAGUACAUUGUGUCAAUGACUAGCGCCCAGAAGGCCGACAAGAUGCACGAGGAUAUUCUUGGCUUCUUCGACCAGGCACUGCAGAAGAACUGGAGUAGCGCCGAGCAUUGGAGGAUCCGGAAGGUCAAGGACGUCAACAAACCCGUCGGAGAGACCAAGAAGCGCAAGGAAAAGGAGCCUUUUGAGAUUGACUUUGCUUCGCCUCUCGAUUCCAACUUGGCGGACACCAUCCACACACAGGCCAGUACCACCGCGGCCAUCAGCAUGCCCAAGAAGGACUGGAAAUCUAAGUCACGCAACCUUCUCCCCGACGACAAGCACUUCAACUCCAAGUCGCUGCUAAGUCUCUUCUUGAAGCCCAAGGCGCGCAUGGGUCGACGACGCACCGGUUUCGGUGUCAGAGGCGGCGCAUUCGGUACGACUGCCCAGGACAACCAACCUGAAGGCGAAAUGGACGAGGCGUUCUGGGCCAAUCAGAAGGCGCCCAUGCAGAACACAGAAGAGACGGCGCUUCCAGAGGGCGAUUAUGACGCAAACUUCUUCCAGGAUGACGGCAUGCCAUUCCCUGGAGGCGAUGCAGACGAUGACGACGACUUGGAGUUUGCUGAUGCCCGUGAGCACUUCUCGCCCGGCAUGGAGGGCCAGGGAGGCCUCACCGAGGCUGGCGGUAUCACGGCUCUCCUGAAUGGUGAGACGAUGACCAAUACCAUGGGAGGGGCGUUUGGAACGACACUCGUAACACAGACUCGACGAGUACGCCCCGAAUAUGUUCAAUACGCGCGUGUGGCCAAGAAGGUAGAUGUGCGACGGCUGAAAGAAGAGCUUUGGAAGGGCAUGGGCAUCGAGCAGCUCGAGCAGCCCGCCGAAGCCCCUCAACCAGGUGCUGCAGAGGAGGAACCUCUCAAAUUCACGUCGGUUAUGAACAACUUGCAGGCGGUGUAUCCUAAGCCUGUCAUGGAUGAUAUUUCGACGUCGUUCUGCUUUAUCUGCUUGCUACAUCUGGCCAACGAGAAGGGUCUAACGAUUGAGAAGACAAAUGAUCUCUCAGAAUUGGAGAUCCGCAGGGAUUGGACUGCCGAGAUCACCGAGGGAGGAGAGUAG